AUGGCCUCACAAAGUAGCUCUGUAGUGAUGAUCGAUUCAUCGGCCCAAGACAAAAUCCAUAUAUCUACCUCUUCUCAAAGCAAAGACAAAAUUUCAGAAAGUGAACAAAGAGCCAUUCUGUGUACAAGUACAAACGUCGACGGAGAGGGGCCUGAAUAUUUUCUCAUGUCAUUGGUUCGAGGUGAAGAUGAAGACCUUCUCUACAUGUACGGAGGAGAGAAUAAUAAGGGUCUACUCUCCAACGUCCUUCAUGUAUUGGAUCCUCAUCUUCUUCAAUGGAAACAAAUUUCUUGGAAGAAAAGUGAUGAUCAUUCCUCGAAUGAUUUUCCUCCAAAAGUUGAGGGUCAUUCCAUGUCAUUCGUUAAGGUAGGAGAAAGAAAGGAAAUUAUUUUCUUCGGGGGCCUUGACAAUAUGAGAUUGAGCGGUUACGGAAACACCUUGUUUGCACUAGAUGUAAAUUCCCUGAAAUGGGAAAUCAUACAGGCACAAUCGUCAUCAAACAUGCCCCAUGACAUUCAUGGUAGAAGGCAACAUGCUGCUGUGUGUGUGGGCAGCAAAUUGUAUGUUUUCGGAGGAGAAAUGUUGACAGAUAUGAAUGAGAUAAAACUAUUGGAUGAUUUGAUUGUCUUCGACAGAGAAAGUUGCACCUGGUCGAGCCCUUUUGAACAGGAUCAACCAAUUGUAAAACCUCCUCCAAUGCGCGGCCAUUCCAUGCUGUACGAUGGAGGCUCCAAUCUUUAUGUAUACGGUGGAAAAACAGAGCAUACCUACAGUGAUCAGAUGUGGAGAUUGAACAUUGAAAACAUGAAGUGGGAGCUCAUUGAGCCGUCUACACAAUCAACAACUCCAAAAGGAAGGGAAAUGCAUUCAGCAAUUCUUUUAGACAACAUCAUGUAUUUCUACGGAGGAUGGUCGCAAAGAGGACCAACCAACGAGCUUAUUUCUUUCAACUUGGAGGAUCGAGUUUGGAAACAUUGGAAACACUCAUUGUCGCAAUCAAAAGAUUCCAUUCGUUUUGGGCAUUGUGCUGCCAUUGUCAACUCUAAUCAACUUGUCGUGCUGGGAGGAAGAAAUCACUUGUUCCAAAAUCAGCCAGGUGUUUUAACGUUUAGUUUGCAAAAAGGUGAGAUGGAUGAAAUGCCAAAGGAAUCGGCCAACCUCAUCAAGCCCACAUUACAACAAGUCAUUGAGCUUGACUCUGACGAAAAGAUAUUGCUUGAGAAGUGCGGAAAAACACUUUCUCAACAAGAUGCACUUGAUGUGACAAAGUAUAAGACAAUAUUUAGUGAAUUGACAGAGCAACAAAUCAAGUUCUAUGAAGAACUUGCCAUUAUUCUCGCAAGUCAAGCUGAGACUGCGAAGGAGGUCAAGGAAUUGUUGGAACAAAAUCGAAGAAAGGAGGAGCAAAAACAGAGCGAGACAGAAAAUUCUUUGAAGCCAAUCGUUCCAGCUAAAUCAGAAAUAUCUGACACAAAAGAGAAUGAGAAAUCUACAACACCAACUACUACUCGAGAUCCACCCAGUGGCCUCACCCUCUCACCUCCCGCUUCUUCAGCAUCCCCAAGCAAACCCAACAAGAAGAACAAGAAAAAGAAGAAAAAAUAA